AUGACUUCGAGCGAACUGUGUGCCGAUACUAUUAUAUCAUGUAAUAAUUUAACUUCAUGCGAAAGUGAUAAUGUGACAUGUAGAAUGCCCAAUACAGUAUGUGUCAAUAAUACUCGAUGUAGAAUUCCUGUUUGUUAUCCUAUUGAACAAGCUUCUUUGGAACGAUGCCCUCCAUGGACUUCAAGUUUAUCAAGCACUAUUUCAUCGAAAUGGACAAUUGCGAACAAUAUGAAUGAUGAACGAUAUCUUCAUACAGCCUCUGUCUUGAUCGGCGGAAAAGUUCUAGUUGCUGGUGGAUACGGAUAUGAUGGAUAUAGCUAUUGGGGACCCUUGAAUAGUUCAGAAUUAUAUGAUCCAGCAACAGGAAUGUGGACGAGGAUGGGUAAUAUGACUCUUGGACGCUAUUAUCACACAGCCUCUAUCUUGGCUAAUGGAAAAGUUUUAGUAGUUGGUGGAUACUGCUCCGAUGAAUAUCGUUAUUUGGAAUCCUUGAAUAGUUCAGAAUUAUAUGAUCCAGCAACAGGAAUCUGGACGAGGAUGGGUAAUUUGGCUGUUGGACGUUAUUUUCACAGAACCUCUGUCUUGGCCAAUGGAAAAGUUUUAGUAGCUGGUGGAUACGGAUUUGAUGGACGCAAUUAUUUGGACUUCUUGAAUAGUUCAGAAUUAUAUGAUCCAACGACAGGAAUCUGGACAAAGACUGGUAAUAUGCAUUUCAGACGUUAUUGUCACACAGCCUCUGUCUUAGCCAAUGGAAAGGUUUUAGUAACUGGUGGAUGCGGAUCUGAUGACUACAGUUAUUGGGGAUACUUGAAUAGUUCAGAAUUAUAUGAUCCAACGACAGGAAUAUGGACGAGGACGGGUAAUAUAAAUGUUGGACGUCAAUAUCACACAGCCUCUGUCUUGACCAAUGGAAAAGUUUUAGUAGCUGGUGGAUACUUCUCCGAUGAAUAUAGUUAUUGGAAACCCGUCAAUAGUUCAGAAUUAUAUGAUCCAAUGACAGGAAUCUGGACAAAGACGGGUAAUAUGACUGAUGGACGUUAUUAUCACACAGCCUCUGUCUUGGCCAAUGGAAAAGUUUUAGUGGCUGGUGGAUACGGCUAUAGUGGAAGCAAUUCUUUUGGAAUCUUGAAUAGUUCAGAACUAUAUGAUCCAUCAACAGGAAUUUGGACAAAGACGGAUAAUAUGAUUGUUGGACGUCAAUAUCACACAGCUUCUGUCUUGACCAGUGGCAAAAUCUUGGUUACUGGCGGUAAUACUGAAAGCGGUAAUUUCAGUAGCGUUGAGUUAUACCAAUAA